UAUGGAGUGAAUGGAAUGCUUGCUGGAUCAGUGACCGUUUUCUUUGCCUACAUAGGCUUUGAUUCAGUUGCGAGCACCGCUGAGGAGGUGAGGAAUCCACAACGAGAUCUGCCGCUGGGAAUAGCCACGUCAUUGACGAUUUGCUGUUCCUUGUACAUGCUGGUUUCAGUUGUUAUUGUCGGUCUGGUGCCAUACUUUGCUAUGGACCCAGAUACCCCUAUUUCAUCCGCCUUUGCGAGGCACGGGAUGCAGUGGGCGAUGUACCUUGUAACAUCUGGUGUUGUUCUCGCUCUCUGCUCAACCUUGAUGGGAUCACUUCUGCCACAGCCAAGGAUAUUGAUGGCCAUGGCGAGAGAUGGGCUAUUGCCAUCCUUCUUCUCGGAUGUUAGCGAGAAGACACAAGUUCCUGUCAAGAGCACAAUCAUAACUGGCAUCUGCGCGGCUUCUCUGGCUUUCUUCAUGGAUGUUUCACAACUGGCAGGAAUGGUCAGUGUAGGCACGCUCCUCGCGUUCACCAUAGUCGCCGUCUCCAUCUUGAUCCUCAGAUAUGUACCUCCAGAUGAGGUACCCCUGCCAACCUCUCUGCAAACGUCAUUCCGCUUAAGCCAAGAAUGUGAUGAGGAAAAGGUGGGGAGUCCUCUUGGAGAUGGGAACCAUGAACAGGGGACGUCUGAGAUUAAGGAUGUGAUCGUAGUAGAAUCAAUCAAUGACCCUCUUAUUGAGAAGCAGCUAUAUGCAAACAAAUUGGAUGAGUUAAAGCGGCGGAAAACCGCUGCUCGCAGCAUAGCAUCUGUAUGCGUAGGGGUGCUAAUCCUGACGGCUUCAGCUUCUGUAACGUUCCUGCCAUUCCUGGUGAUGUGCUUAUUCUGCGUGUUUGGUGGCCUGCUCCUCCUAGCUGGUCUCGGAAUGCUCUCCUGGAUCGACCAGGACGACGGAAGGCACUCAUUUGGUCACUCUGGAGGGUUCAUCUGCCCGUUUGUUCCGCUGCUGCCAGUGAUGUGCAUUCUCAUAAACACAUACUUGCUCAUAAAUCUAGGGGGUGGCAUGUGGAUGCGGGUCGGGGUAUGGCUGGUGAUGGGGAUCUUCGUGUACAUUUUCUGCGGCCGGACCCACAGCUCGCUGACGGAUGUCGUGUACGUCUCCCUGGCUCAGGCAAACGAGAUAUACGGUUCUUCCUCUUCGUCAGCGUUUGUGGCCUAGAUAGAUACUGUCGCAGAGCAUCCUUGAGAGAUCAUAUAUAUGAUCCGGGAUCCAUCUCACGGAAACCUCGAGCACCACCCUGAUAGGAGGGAUCUUCCCCCGCUGUCGCUGCUGCAUCCUGCAUGGCAAGGCAGGGCAUGGGAUCUGAAGAAUUCAACAAAUUCUGAAGCUGUGUACAUUGCAAUUUGUAGAUAUAGCAUCAUCAUAUAUAUGUGGCUCGUUGGAGGAAUGUAAAUAGUAAAUUUGUGCACAUAGAAGUGUAAGACUUGCAAUAUGUGCAAUAUUGCAAGGGGUGAUUCAGUUAAGUGUACGGGAGUUCAUAAAACUUCAGAGAUCUUGGGGUGACAUUGCAGCAGGAACCCAUCCUGAAUCAUCGUCAGUUCUUCAGUUUGCCAUGCAAUAUCUGAUAUUGUGAUUCAGCA